UCCGACAGAGUCGCAGUAGCGAACUCGUGAUCAUGUGACGCAUACGUUACUUUCCCGGCACAAUCCCAGACGCAACGGCUCCAUAUCAUCGCUUUACACAGUCCUAUUACCCCCACGCCUUGCUUUCGGUAUGGCGGACGGAGAGAGGUCCCCGCUACUGGCAGAUCUCGGAGAUGGUGGUCUUGGGGGUGGUAACGGCGGAGUGUCACCUGGAUCGGCUCCUUAUGGUUUACCAAAUAAGCCACAAAGCUUUCCUCCCUUCCCCAGCCCCACCCAGCCCUCAGUGCUUAUGGGGGAGGACCCUCCUCCGUACUCUCCUCUCACCUCCCCAGAGAGUGGCAGCGUGCCAGGCAUCAGCUGUAGAGUGUGUCAGAGCCUCAUCAGCGUGGAGGGGAAGAUCCACCAGCAUGUGGUCAAGUGUGGGGUCUGCAACGAGGCUACGCCCAUCAAGAAUGCGCCUGCAGGGAAGAAGUAUGUCCGCUGCCCCUGUAACUGUCUGCUCAUCUGCAAAGUCACCUCCCAGAGGAUCGCCUGUCCCCGGCCCUACUGUAAGAGGAUAAUAAACCUGGGUCCGGUCCACCCUGGUCCAGCCAGCCCUGACCCCCAGCCGGCCGGAGCUCGGGUCUCCUGUGGACACUGCAGCAAUACUUUCUUGUGGACAGAGUUUACUGACAGGACACUCGCCAGGUGCCCACACUGCAAGAAAGUCUCCUCUAUUGGUCAGAGGUACCCUCGAAGGCGGAGCUUGUGGUGUUUUCUACUAUGCUUGCUUUUCAGCAUCUCCACUGCUGGGCUGGUGGCUGGUACGUGGGUGAAGGCCCAGGAAUAUGGGGGUAUCUAUGCCUCCUGGGCCGUGCUGAUCCUGCUGGUACUCCUUACCCUGGGCCGGGCUCUGUACUGGGCCUGCAUGCGUGUUAGUGAGCCCCUACAGAACUUCACAUAGACACACACACACACACACACACGUGUAGGUUGAAGUUGCCCCUAGAUGCUGAUCUUGGGUCAGUUUCGCAUUUCCCCUUUUAAAUGGCUAUGGUUAAGAUUGUGGGAUGGGAAGCUGAUCUCCUAGAUGUGUACCUAGGGGAAACUUCACCCCAAAGCCACACAAACAGGGGAGAGGAGAUCCGCAGGAGCAAGGGGGGGGGGGGCUUUUAAAAUAAUAUUUAUUUAAACUGGAAAUUAAAAAACAAAGUUUUCCUCCUCCUUCCCUUUAGUCUGUUCAAUGUGUUUCCAAACUGGAUGAUGAAGAACAUUUACUCACUCCCGAAGGAGCAGUAGGGUGACUGCAUUACUAGUUCAAUUAGUUUUAACAUGUUCAACUACUGUCUCUUCCCUGUUUUUAAUCACUCAGGCCCUGGCAUGGCUCAGUGGAAGAAAGUCUUCAAUUAUGACAUGACCCUCGAAAAGACUGCUACUUCGCAACACUGAUUUCAUGUUCUGUUUUUGGGCAUUUUACAUGAUUUAUUUGUUUUGGUAAACCCUUGAAGCAUUUUAGAAAGGCAAAUUAAGCUAAAAUGAGGCCAGUGCAAAGUGAACGCCACCCAAGUUACCCUCCCUUGCCCGUCAUGGUGCAUAAUCUGGGACUGUCAGUCUUUGAUCCUUAGCUUGGAAGCCUUAAAAGCAGUUUUAAUUUUUUAUUUAACCUUUAAUUUAACUAGGCAAGUCAGUUAAGAACAAAUUAUUAUUUACACAUGACGGCCUACCCCGGCCAAACUCGGAUGACGCUGUGCCAAUUGUGCGCCACCCUAUGUGAUACAGCCUGGAUUCGAACCAAGGACUGUAGUGGCGCCUCUUGCACUGAGAUGCAGUGCCUUAGACGCUGCGCCACUUGGGAGCCCAGUUAGAGAGAGAGCUUGAGAUGAGGCUGUUCAAUCUUACUGGACACACACACAGAGCUAAUAGCUUAGAUGUAAGCUGUCAGUGUAACCCAUAGAUGUACACUGUACUAUAGAGCCUCAAAAUGAUGAAAGCCCUCAGUGGUGCUGCCCAUGUUAAACAGGCUUUGGGCCAAGUGUGCCCACUACCCAGCUAUGGUCAAACUACAGUACAUCUUUGCCUGGCUACCCAUCUAACGUUUCUUCUCCACAAUGAGUCGGGAUUUGCUUUCCUCCCUGACCCUUUGAAAAUGUGUCAACAUUUUUGACUGUUCUGAUUGGUCCCAGAAACCGAUGAGUUGGGCCUGAUAUGAAUCACGUCAUUUUGACAUCCGCACAAAUGACUAGGAUGGCAGGUUCAGACUGACAUGUGGAGCGAUCCAUAGAGCAGCGGAAUUAAUCAAAAUGAGUCCUUGAUGACAGAAGCAGGCUGUGGUUGUUGUAGACCCUGUGCCUCGGCGAGGCUGUCCUUCAGGUUGGGAUUACGUCCCAAAUGGCACCCUAUAUAGAGCACUCCUUUUGUCCAGAGCCCGUAUAUGGCUCUGGGCAAAAGUAGUGCACUAAAUGGGGAGUAGGGUACCAUUUGGGAUGCUGUCAGGGUGAAGAAACAGUCGGUGAAGAGAAUACACUACCUGCAUAUUCAAACAGUCAAACUAACCCUAUAACACUAACUUGUCUGUGGUUCUGAUUAUGGUAGUUUAUAUAUAUUUUUUUUAUUACAGAUGUUAGUUUGUUUUAAUUAAUUGUACAUAUGUUGUUCAUGUGAGUAAUUAUUACUAAGCAGAUAUUCUGUUGAACUCGUGCAUAACACUACAUGACUGAUUCUUGGAGAACUGUUUUGUUGAUUUAAUAGGGUUAUUUUUGCAACCCUUUUUAAUGGAAUCUGGAAAGUUGUUACUGAUUUGAUGACCUACUAACCCAUUAAACCUCUGGACUAUGUGUCAAUCUUAAAUCGCACACACAAACUUAAUUUACAUAGACGAACAGUUAACCACAAUGUCCACAUUAAUUGCAUAAUUUUACACACACACACAGCUCUUUGAGAUGGUUACCCUGCUUGACAGAACUGUUACAGUAGCAGUGAGUUAUUUUAAAAUGUUAUUUAUUAUAAUGAUCAUGUUUUAAUCAUGAUAUUUAUGUACAAUAUUGAUCAUGUUAAUGAUACCAAUGAUCAAGAACCUGGCUGAUGCGCUCUUCAGUUUGUUUACACACAAUAAAGACGUAUGAAAAUA